GGACUGGUUCCAACGCGAAGAGCUCAUCGGGCAGAUCAGCGACAUCCGAGUCCAGAACCUGCAAGUGGAGAGGGAAAAUGUGCAGAAGAGGACCUUUACUCGGUGGAUAAAUCUACACCUAGAAAAGUGCAACCCACCUCUAGAAGUUAAAGAUUUAUUUGUUGACAUACAAGAUGGCAAAAUCCUAAUGGCUUUGUUAGAAGUCCUGUCUGGGCGAAAUCUGCUGCACGAAUACAAAUCCUCGUCGCAUCGUAUUUUUCGGUUGAACAACAUAGCGAAAGCACUUAAGUUUUUGGAAGAUAGCAAUGUAAAACUGGUUAGCAUUGAUGCAGCAGAAAUAGCAGAUGGCAACCCCUCUUUGGUUCUUGGACUGAUAUGGAACAUAAUUCUCUUCUUCCAGAUAAAGGAGCUCACGGGCAACCUCAGCAGAAACUCUCCAUCUUCCAGCCUCUCACCCAGCCCAGGGGGCACAGACUCAGACUCGUCAUUCCCACCCACACCCACCACAGAGAGGAGUGUGGCAAUAUCAGUGAAAGACCAGAGGAAGGCCAUCAAGACCCUGCUGGCAUGGGUGCAGAGGAAGACGAGGAAAUAUGGCGUGGCAGUGCAGGACUUUGCGGGCAGCUGGAGGAGUGGGCUGGCUUUCCUGGCUGUGAUCAAGGCCAUCGACCCCAGCCUGGUGGACAUGAAACAGGCCUUGGAAGAUUCCAUGCGAGAAAAUCUAGAGAAGGCUUUCAGCAUCGCCCAGGAUGCCCUGCACAUCCCCAGGCUCCUGGAGCCAGAAGAUAUCAUGGUUGACACGCCGGAUGAGCAGUCUAUCGUGACUUACGUGGCACAGUUUCUAGAACGUUUUCCAGAGUUGGAAGCCGAGGAUAUUCUAGAUUCUGAUAAAGAAGCUCCUAUUGAAUCCACCUUUGUCCGUAUCAAAGAAACUCCCUCUGAACAAGAGAGCAAAAUCUUUGUUCUAACUGAAAAUGGGGAACGUGCCUAUACUGUUAACCAUGAAACCAGCCACCCACCACCCUCCAAAGUCUUUGUCUGUGACAAGCCUGAGAGUAUGAAGGAAUUCUUCCUGGAUGGUGUUUCCGGCCACUCACUGUCAGACACCUCCACGGAGUUCAUGCACCAGAUCAUUGAUGAGGUCCUCCAAGGGGGCUUAGGUAAGACCACCAGCAUCAAUGAGCCAUCUCCAGAAUCUUCCAUUUUAUCAUCCAAGAAGGACAGCCGGAGGUACAGCUCUUUGCCAAUCAAGAAAACUGUUCACUUUGAGGCUGACACCUGCAAGGAGGCUUCCUGCAGCAAGGAUCCCUUCUAUAAUCAAGAUUUCCGCUUUGAGGGGAGUCCAAGGGCAACCAAAGACGUGUUGAAGCAGAGUAGACCCACCCUGGCAGUUGAGGUUACUGAGGAAAAGGAGCCAAAACAGGAAUCUUCAGAGACCCUAGAAUUCACCUCUGACCAGGUACCCGGUGAUGUCUCCUUGGAAGAUGGUACAAUUGAUAAUUCUCAGUCUUCCCCGAAUUCUUCCUGCAAUGGUGCCCUAGAGAGUGCAGCUAGCCACGGUGAAGAAAGUCAUUCUCCUGCACCCCUUGAAGAAAAUACUGUUUUGGCCAAUUCCUUGGAGAUCAAAGUUAACCUGAUGACUGUAGAAGAUAUGGAUAAAGAAGAAUAUUUUGAAGGCAUACCGUUAAAGGCCUCAAAAUUUAACAGUGACCUAGUAGAUUUUGCUUCCACUAGCCAGGCUUUCAAGGAGGUUCCUUUGCCUCAUGAGCACAAACCCACUGAGGGGGAGGAUUCUGAGAAUGAGGCUGAAAAACCAGGUAAACGGAGAAGUAAAUCCGCCCACAGAAGGAAAGAUUCGCUUGAGCCCCAAGAUGAGUCCGACUAUCAGGAACCUACCCAGGGCCCUGGAGAGAAACUUCAAGGCUAUUCUCCAGAAGAGGUAUCAGUGGAUAAAAAGCCAGAGGUGUAUGAAAAGGCCAAGAGAAAGUCCAUCCAUCGUCAUCCCCGUGGUGGGGAGGAAGAAGGGGAAGCUGAAGGCCUCCAGGGUGUGGGUGAGGACUUUCCUUCCAACCCCCCGAGCAGCAGCAUUAGCCUGGAGACGCUUGGGAGUCACAGUGAAGAGGGCCUGGAUUUCAGGCCCUCCCCACCCCUCUCGAAGGUGUCUGUCAUUCCCCACGAGCUUUUUUACUACCCGCAUUAUGAGGUGCCCUUAGCUGCAGUUUUGGAGGCUUAUGCAGAAGGCUCAGAGGAUUUGAAAAAUGAAGAAAUGGAUCUAGAAGAGUCAGAGGGCUACUUGCAUGACCUAGACUCCAGGGAGGAGGAGGCUGAUGGCUCCUACAGCAGCUGCAGCUCCCCUGUGGCAGGCGAGGUUCUCCCUAGUGCCAGCAGCCAGUUGUCACAUCUCAAAAGAGGGGGCAUGGGUGCCACACCAGCCUCCGAACCUGCUCCCCCAUUCUCCAGUGAGGACCACCAGCAAAGGGAGGCUGAAGAGCAUGACCCUACGGAGAGCCAUCAGCCCCAGGAAUCCCCAAAGUCAGAAAACAUAGCAAACCCCAUAGAAGAAAAGGUGGUGGAAAAAUCAAUCAGCAGCAAAAAAAAGGAAAAAAGGAAACAUGUGGACCACGUAGAAAGUUCAUUAUUUAUAGCACCCGGAACUAUUCGAUCCUCAGAUGACCUAGAAGAAGACUCUAGCGAGCACAGAAUCCCUUCCAGGACUAGUCACAGUGACUCCAGCAUUUACAUUCGACGACAUACUAAUAGGUCUUUGGAAUCGGAUCAUUUUAGCUAUGUUCAAUUGAGGAACGCAGCAGAUCUGGAUGAGAGAAGAAACCGAAUGUUAACCAGGUACAAUACUCAGAAGCUCACUGAGCUGAUUUUACAGUUUUAUGGCAUCAGAGCAGACAUGAAGAGGGAAUACAAACAUGCCAGGAUGUCUAUGAAAUCCAACAACUCCGGAGAAGCCACAUUGCUGGAGAGCCACAGCCCGCGGAGCGACUCACUGACACAGUUUGUCCAGCAGCCAGACAUGAUGUAUUUUAUCCUCUUUCUCUGGCUCCUGGUGUACUGCCUGCUGCUCUUCCCACAGCUGGAUGUCAACAGACUCUGAUGUGUGUGUCUGGAUAAUAAAAAGACAGGACGCUGCCAGGGGUGGGGUUCUUUUAAUUGUUUUAUUUUGGGUUCUGGGUGGGGCACUCACUUCUACUAAGGACCUCCAAGCAAACUUAGACAACCUUCCCCCCCCCACCCCCCGUUGUUGUGGUUUUGCUUUUCCCAAGUUUCUUUUUUCUUCUGUCCAACCUGAGCAUGCUUUUUCCUGUAGCUGUGUACUCAAAACUCAGGUGUGCGGCUGGAUCCUUAGGUGAGAUUUUGCCUCGGUGCCUUGCUUGGUCUGAUUGGAAGCAUCAUGACUGAUAUUUAGCCAAAACCUGGAUCUUAGCUCACCCCACAAGCAGGUUUUUAAGGUCCUGAAUGAACUUGAGUUACUUACCUCUCAGAUGAAGGGCUGCCUGAUGAGAAAGAUGGUGGGAGCCCCAGGCCGAGCCCUGUCUGAGUAGAAAACUGCCAUGUUUUCCUCCAAGAGAGAGCAUUUGAGUGAAGGUGCUGGGGUCCAUGCCCCGGUUGCAGCCUGUCAAUGGGUUGCGUUUACUGGGAGAAAUCCAAGCAGCAGGAAGCUGCUGGCUCUGGGCCAGCACAUCCAGGGCCGGGCAGAGUCCAGGGAAGAAGGUGAAGACAGUGUUGUGAGCCACAGCACGGUCUUUUUCACUCUAGUUUUUUUUUCGGGGGGCGGGGGCGGGGAAGGGUGCACUUUUAAUCCACUUAUGCAUUGCUGGGAUUGAGGUAGAGCUGUGAUUUUCCAACCUUUUCCAUGGAUGGAACCCUCUUGUCCAGUGAAGCCUGAGAGGGGCCAGUCCAGUCAACACAGUGAAAGCAGAGCUCUCCCUCAGCCAUCUUUGCUGCAGCCACCCUCAGCUUCAGUGACUGAUCUGGAAGUAUCUUCAAGGGCAAAAAGCCCUAAGGAGAAGUGACCAGGCUGGAAUAAGCUCACACUGAUGUUGAUGCUGGUUGGUGCAGCAGGUGUCUGCCCAAAAAAGCUUUUGUGCGCACCUGCCCCAGAAUGCUAGUCUUGGCAUAGGCAUCUUUUGUGGUUAGUCAUAAUGGGUUUCUUGGAAAGGUUUUCUGGAAGGCACCCUGGGAAUAGACCAGAGCAGGUGGUUUGUGAGAGAAAGAAAGGCAGUUCUCCCACCCUCCAUCCCCGUCAGCUGUGGGCUUUCCCUUUUGCUCUCUUCUUCCUGCCAAGACUCAGGUCUGUGAAAACUCAAUAUUAAUUCCUUCUCCCCGUUUCUUCCCCCUCAGAAAGCAUGUAUUAGGCAGCCCAUUUGAAAUUGUAAACUGUUAGUCAGAAGAGUGCCUCAGGGAGCAUCUUGUCUAGCUGAACCCAGAGAGGCAGAGCAGAUUGACCAAGGUCACACAGCCAACUGAGAACAGAUUUGCAGAGAGCACACAGUCCAGAGCCAUCACCUCUUGAAGGAAACUUCCACUGGGUAUGUAAAUAUCCUGAAAAAAAAGAUACAAUGUCAUCAUUCAAGCAAAAUCAAAUUUUUUAGGCCAACUGUUGACCUUUCUUUUGUUCUCAUAUUUUCCCCAUGAGGAAGUUUUAUUCACCUUUAGGCUCAUCCACUGUUCUUUCUAGAAUACUCUCAACAGCUGUAACAGCUUGUCAUUUGACAUACCAGUAUCGUUCUUACUCUAGGAACCACGUUUCUUUUCUUAGCAAGCCAAGGACUUGCUCAUUUCAAGCAGUAGGGUUUCAAGUUUACAGAAUUCCAGCGUGGCCAAAAGAAUUUACAUAGCACAUUUGAGUCGAUGACAGCCAAAAUCUGGCCUCUAAACCAUUCCGAUUAUAGUCUGUCUCCCUUUCCCAAAAGAAUUUCAGCCUUCCAAGCUGAAAGCUGUUGGGAGCUUGGAGUGAUUCCAUCUGGAAGGCCAAGAACCCUAAAAUGAGCUAAUUAAUGAGGUCCCUGGCAUCAUUGAAAGCUCAAAAGUACAGAUAAUAAAGAUUAUGUUGUGAUAUUUUAUAACUCUAGACACCAUGUAGUCCUCUCCUAAAUUAGAUGCUUAAAGAGCCAGGGAAGAGCUGACCCAAAUGUGAAUCAUUUCAUUUUAUGGGUCUAGACCUUGUUCAGAAAAAUCUCUGCAGGCUUCUUUUCUCACCUAUUACAACUUAUAAUAUUCAUUAAAGCAUCUGCUGGCAAGAUACCUACAAGUCAUUUGGUUCAAGUUGGCAGUAAACUGAUUUUUCUUUAAAGGAAAAAAAAAUCUUACUCAAAUAUGAACUUAUGAAAGAAGAUGAAUAUAGAAGGUGAAUAGUGAAGUCUGCAGAACAAACCAUCCCUAGUGCUAGUGAUUGUCUUUAAUUAAAGUAAAAAAAUUUAUUUAAAAAAUUCUAUAAGACUUUUAACAAGAACUAGCAGUCACCUAGGUCUUGCCUCCUAGAAGUAGCCACUUCCAACUCUUUAAGCUGUUACUUCUAAUAUUUCUUUGCAUUUCUAUAUAACAUGCUUGCACUUUGUUUUUUAAUUGACUUAGAAACAUCUAUUGGCUUACUUUUAGAGUAGAUGCAAUUUUGCUCUUACCUAUACCCUGCUUUGUUUUUUUUUAAUGUAGUUAGAUCACAUUAUUUGGUACAUUGUGUAUUCAGUAUUGCAAAUACCUGGGGCAUAUAAAGAUUGUUUACAGCUGAGCCAAGUAGUGUACUAUAGUUAUAUGUUCUUUCUCAUGAGUUUGGUGUGGCACAUUCUUUAAUAACUUCCUGAGAAAGUUUUAAGAUUUUUGCAUAACUUCUUAAAAUGUCUUUAUCCUGCCUUUAUCUAAGUGUGGCUGAGCAUAAAAUCGCAGAUGGAAAAUAAUACCCUACUCUACUGCCCCUCCCCACCCCCAAGCAUGAUUGUUAAGAUUUAUGAUGCCAUUCUGAUUCCCAUGCCUUUAUAUGUGACUUGGGUUUCUGCUUCCCCUGGGAACAUUUAAAAUCUCUUUAUUCCUAGUGUUCUGAAGUAUCAUGAUGGUGUUAAAUUCUUGAUGUUAUAUAAUACCUUGUCCUGGGCUCUCAUGGGAAAUUUCUUAAAUUUUCUUAUAAUUAUUCACAUUCUUUCUUUCUGGAUACCUUAUUGUUUCAAUGUUGGACGUCCCAGACUGAUCUUCUAGUAUUUUUAUCUUUUCCGUAUAUGUUUUUGAUCUGCUUUCAGGAAGAAUUUUUCAUUUUCCCAAUAUGAAUGUCUUAUUGAAUUUUUAAUUUCCA